GCAUGAUUUAACGGCCUUUGUCACUUUAGGGUUUCCCGCGAAUUAGAAUUUACUAGGGCGUUGACGGCAUUACUCGCAAACGUUUUGAAUAUUGGUUCAGUUAUUGAGCGCCAUCGUUAGAUAUGCUUGAGGUAAAACGAGUAUAUGAACUAAAAAAUGUCAUGAUUAAAGGUGAUGGCGAUAUCCAUGAUUUUGAAGAGCUUCUAAUAUGCUUACUCCAGUUUAAACCAUCUGUGCUGAAGUUAGAUUUUGGCAAAUACCUUAUUAAGCAUGUUGUUCGGAGUUUUCCCGAUAUAGAUAUAAUGAAGCUACUAUCACUGAUUAUUGACGAUAUUCUGAUAUUUUUGUCUUUACUUCAUUUCGAAAACCACAAAGUUGACGGUAGCUUGAAUUUUAUUAACAUUUUGAGACAUUUAGCAACUAAUUUUGGCCAGCUUCAGUUGGUUUGUUUGUUUGGUAUUCUUGAAUACCUUUUGUCAACUGAAGUGAUAUGUAGCUUCGUGUGUGUCAGUCUUCCUAUAAGUUCUUUUAUCGUGGAUCGUCUCAAAACGUGCUCAUCUGAUUCCUUACUCCAGGCGGUUGCCUUGGCACAUAAGUGGUGGUCGUUCGUUUUAGCAAAAGUCCGGAAUAAGCUGUUCGACGAAUACAUAGUACAACAAGCACAGACUGUUUUCAAAGGUGUUUGGCUGCAUUCUGGAUCGGCAAUCGGAGCUGUACAGAAAUCUGUCUCGACUUUUUUCGAAUAUGUCUUUCGCACAACUCUGACGCUAAGCAGAAAGGAUCCCACAUUCACCUUACUGUAUAGAAACAUAGUGAAUAUUACGAUCAUGUAUCAUCCUGCGAAUACAGUCGAUCAUUUCAAGUCACAGAAAAACUGUCUCCACUGUUUAAUUCCUGCCGCAAAGUGCUUAGGAAUUCUUGAAGUUUUUAAUUGUAACCCUUUUCUGGUAUACAAACUGUUGUUAGCUACUGGAUAUAAUUAUACAUCUAACUUAGCAUGCGAUUUGAUAAAUAUGAUCUUCGAAUACAGCAAUUUUAUCAAGGAAAACUCCCCGGCAUUCUAUGAUCAUAAUGUAGUGAAGCCUAUUGUUCAGUUUAUGUUAACUGGUAACCUAGAUUGUCCAGUAUCAAAAGAACCUAACAGUUGUUAUAUUCUACUGGUCAAUAAAUCAGUGCAGAACACAAAUUGGGACAAUUUUGUCAAUGGCUGUUUAACAAGCAAGUUCACUUUGUUACCUAGUCCAGAAAUGUUAGAAAGUAUUUUGCCUUUACCAGCCUGCCAAACUUAUGCAAGUUUAUGCAAAAGUGACCUUUUAAUUGAUCAACUACUUGAAUAUAUCCCUUCCGUUUCUCUCAAUUCAAAGUCUAGUCAAUCCUCCGUAAUGGUUGAGAGGAACUUAUUGUUUGUCUGGUUGAGACUGUAUAAUUUGAGAGAUUAUUUCGAUUUGCCCUCUUCAUUAAAGCAAACGGUUCCUACAGUUUUGGCUAAAAGUGCUAUGCAUCAUGAUGAGAGCAUACGUGUAUUGGCAUUAAGUGGAAUAUCCAAAUUUUUAUGCAAACUCAUACGUACAAAAUGUAAACAAGGAAACGAUAAAAAAAAGUCUGUAGAAUUCAUGCUAUCCAGUUUACCAAAUUUACAAAUAUUUAUGGAUGCCUUUUUAAACUGUUGUACUACUUUUAAUAAUUGUUCAAAUCCAGCUUGUCGUAAACAAUUUGAACAAAUUUUUUCUAGCCUUACUGAAUCUAUACGCAUGAUAUGUAAAUCUGUAUGCAUCAACGGUACAGAAUUAUCUCUCUUCUUAGACAAAUAUAAUGUUAAUAAUAACAAUAAUAAUGCUAAUAAUAAAGGGGUAUUUUGCCUACAAGAUACUGAAAUAGAUUCACAAGUAUUUUAUCAUUUACCAAGUAAAUUUAUAAAUGAAGAUAUUAUUAUGCAUCAAUCAUGUGAUGAUACAGCAGUUGUACUCUGUUUAGCCAAAUUGAUACGAUUUAUCAGUACAUUAUGCCGAAUGAGUUAUCAACGAGCAAAAUUUCAACUAGAUGUCAUUGAAACUGCAUUGGGGCUACUGAAUUUAUCGUCUACUGGUCCAUGGAAUAAAAAAUGCAGCAAAUGGAGAGCUGACUUCGGUAAAGAUUCACUGAAUAAUUUACAAACGUUAAUUGAUAAUAUUUCAGUGAAAUAUAAUUGGGAUUUCAAAUCUGUUAAUUCAUUAAGAAUUUUGUUUAAUGGACUUUUGUAUUUAAGUUCAGAUCUACACCCGCAAAUAAUUUCUGUCAUAUAUGAUCAUUGGAUUGAAAGGAAAGAUCUACUGAUGGAGGUUCUUUAUCCUACUGCGAUUGAUUUAGCCUGUGCAUGGUGUGAUACACCAUGGUGUUCAGUAUACCCGGCUGGUGCAAACAUUUUAUCAUUCUGCUGCAUCAACGGUUUGUGGGAUGUGUCAUACUUUGGUUCAGAUAUGCGUACAUGGAUUUUGAAUAAAUUGAAAAGAUUCUUAGAACUAGAUGAGGAAAGAAGCAAGCAUCUCGGUGACAAUGAUGACUUAUCCCCGUUUAGUAAUAAAUUACUUUGGAUUGUGCAGUUCCAAUCUGGUCUAGGCUUCCUUCAAGCAGUUGAUCAAAUUUUAUCUAAUUGUUUAGUGAAAUUAUCGAAAAAUAUAAAGAAUUGUGUCCCUAAUCAAUUGGUUGAACCUGCAUUGUAUGCAUUGAUUAGUUGUGCAGAGUUACCAGUUUUAUGCUUACAGUUGUGUAAUCUAUGCCUUUAUUCAAUGGGUUGUCAGACUUGUCAGUUUAAUGAAGAUAAUAUCUUUAUAACUGAUUUCUCUAAAGGUGCUUCAUCAUUCCAAGAAUUAGGCAAAGCAAUAUUGACCACUAUAACACUAGCUAGACGAAGUCAGUUAUCAAUCGGUGAAGGAGUUGACCAAUUACCAGAAUCACAUCUAAUUAAAACGUUGUCCACGUCUACAAGUUGUCCAAUCUCCUCAGAUAGUGAUUCAGAUUUGCAUUUAUUCAAUUCAAUUGAAUUAUUGCCGGAAUAUCAGCAUAUUCUUUCCUGGGCAUGGAAUACUCUCAAAUUUUGUUCUAGUAUUCUAGCCAGUUGGUCAGCUCUACAAUUUAAGUUGAAUGAUAAAGAAAUGAGCUUAAAUCGAAGGAUACUUAUUACAAAAAUUGGCUAUCAUUUACUGCAUCAGUUGCUACAGUGUCGUCAUAAGGGAUCUAUUGAAGCAAUCUACUUUAAUCUUCUACUCUAUUUGCAAACUACUGAAGCCUACCAAUCGACAUCAUCAGUUAUGGUAGAUUGUGAAGAAAAGGGGAUGCCAGUUUCACAAGUGGAUUUCUCUACCGAUAUUGAAUAUUCUUUAAUACCUAAUAAUAGACUGUUGACUUCUGAUCAUGUACUGAAUAUAUGUUGGCAAGUAAUAAAUAAUAGUGCUUAUUCUGUUACUCGACGCGGUGCUGGGGUAAAACCAGCUAUCCGUGCAUGCCUUUUAGUGAAACCAUGCAAUGGAAUUGAAAAUCCCCCAUGUUCUCUUGUUCGUUGUUUGGAGAGUUUGUUCAAAAUUACUCAGUUAAGCGACAAAGAAGAUGAUGCCAGCAAAAAUAUACAAUGUACAUCUAACACUGAUACACUUCAUGAUUCACCAAGAGUAUUCGCUUUACAUUUAUUGCAUGGUCUGUUCACUGAUUCUCGACUACGUGUACACGAACAUCCUGUUCUUGUAAGAAACGAUCAUUCACAAGUCAGUAAUUGGACAAUUGAAGCUCUUCGACUAGCUGUUGUUCCAGGUUUCAAUUCAAAGAAAUGGAAUGUUUGGAAUGCUGCUCUACAACUUCAUAGUGCUCUGGUGUAUCGUUUGACUGGAGCAACUUCAGAUUUACAGUUCCCUGUGAUUUCAGAUGUCUACCUACAACAUCCUCAAAUAUUGGAUAUUAUCUUGAGUUGUUUAAAUAAGACCUACCAAGAUUUAUCAUCUGGUCAAUCUUCAAUUCCCUUGCUUACAUUGAUCGUUAGGUUCUCAGCAUCAGCUGAUCACUCCUUCUUAGGCCUAAAAGAAAUUGAUAAUAUCCUUGAAAAACUUGAACAUUUACUCUUGAAUCACAGUAGUAUGUAUAUUCGUAAAUUAGUUUCUAAGGCAUAUUUUGUAUUUCUCAAUCCACCAAUUGAUACCUAUCAUCAGGAUGAAUCAGUUUCAUGCUGUCAUGAGAAACAGUCUAUGCUGUGUAAAAUAUCUUGUGUUGGACCACUGAAACUAGUGUAUUAUUCAUGUGUUCUACAUAACAUAAACACUACGCACUCGUAUAACUCUAUCUCGAAUGCAAUUCACGGGCAGUUAUGUUUAUUGCAGUCCUGGUAUCAACAUGAAACUUGUGCUACUGUUCAAAAGUGGAGGGCAAGCUUCUUCAAUAUGAAAUCAGCAUUUAAUUAUCUUACUAAAUGGACAUCUAUUUCCUGUUGGUAUCUCGCCUAUGAACUAUGCAUUCUUAUAAAUGCUGUACUGGUGCAUACUUCGGGAAUGCUAACAAUGAGGUUAUUCAUUCUAACCAUUGAGCCAUUUCACAUGGAGUUUUUAGUUGAGUUUUAUCAAAUCUGUUCAAGACUGCAGUCAAAUUCAAAUCUGAUUAGUUCUUUGAUUAUUAACAAUAAGACGGAUCCAAUUCUACUCUUACGAUUUCUUAAUCUAAUAAAGCCUCAUCAUAAUUAUUUAUCCGAAGAAUUUCACUUCCAGUUAAUUGAGUAUUGGAUGAAUUGGCGACCUUUGCCACCAGUUGAAGAAGUGAAUUGUAUAACACAGGGAAUAUCUAAUUGUUCUGUUGAUCCAAAGCUGGCGGGAGACCGUUCUCUCUUGGAGUACCUUCAUCCAACAGUCUUCUGGCGUCUGUUGGAGUUUUUCGUAGUAUCCUGUUCAUCAACAACAGAAAAAAAGAUUCAAACUGAAGUGAACCUCGAAACCAUGUUAUCACGUUUGUGGAAUUUAUCUUCAUGUAAUGAAAUGAUUACUGGAAUCAGAUUUUGUGUUAAUCGUUCACGUCUAUUGUAUCUAAUUACACAUUUAAUGUGUUUAUCAUCAGAUCAUAUUUGCUUUCAUGUGGAUAAAUGGUUAGAUUUAGUAACUGACUGUUUACAAUUUCAUAAAUCGACAACUUCGCGUAUCUUUGCCUCAAAGUCAAUUCAUUUAUGGAUAAUAAAGUUGAAAGGCGAAGAAAAAGAAAACACUUUAAAAACUGGUAUGAAUUCCCGACCAUAUCGAAUUUAUUUGAUCAAACUAUCACUGAAUUUAUCACAGCGUAAAAGACUAUUGAAUUGCAUCUUACAAAGUUUAUUCGAUGAAUCACAUGAAUAUCCUGUUAAUUGUGAAUAUACCAAUCUUAAUAACAUGAACAAUCCCAGUGAUUCACAUUUAAUUGGUGUACAUAAACUUUUAAAAGAAAUUUUACCCUUACUAUUAAAUGAUGAAGACACUGAUGAACAGGAUUCAAUGCAUAGUCGAAGUGAAUCAACUAAUUGGUUAUGUGACUAUUGGUUAACUAUAAUGAAGUCUAUGAAUUGUCUGUUGAUUGGUGAAUAUGAAUCAAGUCAACGAAAUAUACUAUAUGAACGAGAGGCUUAUAAUCUAUUUUGCGAACCGCGUUUGCUAAUCGAUUUAUUAUUUACCCAUCUUUGUUCACAAAAAGAUUCGUCUAAAGAGAGUCUUCUACGCAUCACGUUAGCAGUAAUUGAACAAGCUGAUCAUCAUUUACAAUCACUGUGUUCAAUAAAAGGCCUACAGACAGAAAAGGUUCUUGACGUGGAUAGUUGGUGUGGACCAGCUGUACCAGUUGGAGUGUUUACAAGACAGUAUAGUGUUCAAUUGGUGAAUUCAUUGAAGUAA